AACUAAUCAUCAAGUGUGUUAAUUAUCCCAGUGGUUUAAAUUAGAUUGAUUUCUAUUUUUUAAUCAUCUCGAAAAUUGCAAAUUAUGUUGUGUUUACAAUUAGUGGACAAUCAAUAACUCCUUUUGAUUAUUAGUUAUCAACUAAAAUCUUCAUCUAAUUGCAAUAAUUUACUCAAUCUUAAAUUAUAAUGGUAACAAUCAACUUCCAUGUUUUAAUUUUAUCAAUAUUUUCAGUGGUUAAUUGUUUAAAUUCACAAUCAACAUACCAAUUAAAUCAUAAACAAUCAACUCUUGCAUUGAAAGGAUUUACUAAUUUCUUCUGGGAUUUUGUCAACACAAAUCAAUUAAAUUCAAUCAAUGUCUCAUCUGAUUGUAAAUUAAGUUUGAAUAAGUUUCAUCAAGAUUUAAUUGAAGGACGAGAAUGGCCAUUGAUUAUGUUGGAUUCAUCAGGUCGAUUCCCGUUUGACUCACUUGGUACUGGUUAUGCUGAUUACGGUAAUUUUGAUCAGUGUUUACAAAUUAAUCACGUUAAUUAUGAUUCCUCAUUAAGGAUAAUCGGUCAACAUUGUACAAUCUCAUUGUUACCAACAUUAAAUCAAUCACAUUGGCAAGUUAAUCCAUUUACUCGUAAUAAAGUGAUUAGUGAUGAUUUAGGUUUAGUUUUACAAUUAGGAGUUUGUCUACCUUCAUUGUGCUCACAAAUUGACCUUGAUAAUAUACUGACCAAAGCCAUGGAUUCAAUUGAUUGGAAACAUUUGAUGAUCAAUCAAUGUACAAUCAAGACAAGUCUAGUUGAGGAAGUGGUCAAAUCAAAUUUAAUUCAAAGGAUUUCAUUGGCUUUACUAUUGUCCAUUGUUUUGGUCAACCUUUAUUGUACUUGGUACCAUUGGUAUUUCAUUGGGUCAGCUGUUAAUUCAUCCAAUUGGAUUGAACAUUUUUCACUAAUUAGAAGUUACAAUUCACUAAUUGUUCCUAAUCCAAUUCCAAGGAAUACAUUUCUAACUCGACUCUCAAUAACUGUUCAUUUGUAUUCAAUUGGUAUUCAUGCCUUAAUUUGGUUCAUGACUGGAUUAGGUUGGGGACUAUUUGCUAAUUCAGCCUUUACUUUGAAGCAUCGCCACGAAUGGUGGGUGAGAAGUUCACCCGAUUACUUUGCCGAAAUAUUAUAUUUCUAUGGUGGAAUAACUCAUUCAUUUUCACUAUGGAAAGUAACUGGACCUUCAACUUCAUUAAUUUCAUCGUUUAAACAUAUGAUCAUUAGGAUGAUUUCAAUCACAAUUAACUUAAUCCCGGUAACUUGUUUCAUGAUAAUUAUGCCACUAAUUGUCACUGGUCCUUUAAAUUACAAUCUAAGUGAACAUGUUUCAAAAAUUUGUAGCAAAAAUUUUCUUAGCAAUUUAUUUUUCUGGCAAAAUAAUAUAAGACCAAUCAGUGAAAUUUGUCACCCACAUACCUGGUCAAUUGCCGUUGAAUAUCAAUUGUUACCUUUGAUUAUAAUCUUAAUUCACCUUUAUAAACGAUCACCCAAAAUCGCGGUAACAAUUAACAUCGCAAUUGUUUUCGCUGGUUUUUUAUACAUUGGAAUCUAUGUUUUCAUUAACAACCCUCAACCUCAUGAUCUAUCUCGAGUCUUUGAUCCAAGGGAAAUCAUUACGAUGCAUGAGGCACUCUUACAAUCACCUCCACAUAUAUGGAUUUACCUGAGUUCACCUUUAUGGGCUUAUUUGAUUCUAACUAAGAGACAACAAUCAAUUAAAUUGGGUAAACAAUUUAUUCUGAUUGUUUUAAGUCUCCAUUUAUUACCAAUUGUUUGGGUUGGAUUGAGUGAUUACGAUGGACCAGUUUUAAAUUCAAUCUAUUGGGUUUUCUAUCGUCUUGUUAAUUUAUCUUUUUACUCUUCGAUUGUUCUUGCUAAUUGUGAACAAUUAAGAGACUUUUUUUCACAUCCAUCGGAUCAAAUUGUCGACAAUCAAUCAGCCAAUAAUUUAGAUACAAAUAAUCAUCGAUUCCUUCAUUUUGUCUCAACUUUAUUACGGUCAUCAUAUUAUGCUCAUAUUUGUGUAAUUAUGUUGUAUUAUAAUUACCAACGAACUACAAUUUUAUCAACUAAAGUAUAUAUAUUUUUUGUAUUCGAAUUGAUUUUUCUCUCAUUUAUUGGUGGAUUUAUUUUUCAUCUUUUUGUGGCCAAUCCGAUUUCCAGUUUAUUUUCAUCGCUACUUACGAGACAAAAAGUUGACAAUUUAAGGAAAUCUCAAUGAAUUGAUUGUAGACAAUCAGUGGAUUUGCUUAAUUGUCUCUUCAAGAUAAUUUCAUUUUCUUACAAUUUAAAACAUCGCCACUCAGCUUAUGUACUUUAAGAUAAUGUCGCUUCAAUUUGGCGUAUUUAGUUGAAACUGCACCGCAAAUGUGACACUCCAAUUGGUUUUCCGUGUUUAAGGCCACAAUGGCCUGACGAUGCUCGUACUCUAGUUCACAAUUCAUAUAAUCAUUGACUGAUUUUUCAAAUUGUUCGAGUAACGAACCAUUUUUAAUUGCACCAUUUUCCACUAGAACCUGAAGACUUUGAUACAUGAAUUGUAAUAAAACUUGGAUAAUUUUCCUCUUUGAAUCACAAUCAAUUGAUUUCUCCUGAAAAUAAUGAUGAUCAACAAUAAAUUAGAACAAUAAAUUAAACAAAAAGACACACAAUUAACAUUUAACAACUGAAA